AUGAACGCGGAAAAGCGGCAGUCGUUUUCGCCGCAGAGCCAAAAAAGCUCCCAACAGCGAAGACAUGGCUUGAAGAUGCAAACACUCCCGUUUCCAGAUGAGCUCAAACCACGCAAUGGAGUAGUUAUGUCGCAGGAGGCGGAAUAUGAUGUUGGUGAAGAAUUGGACGAGUUUCAACCAGGACCUCAGCAUUCCAGUUUUGAGAGAGAUGAUGAGUUCAGAUUCAAACGUCAUAAACAUCGACAUAAUGCCGGAACGGCAAGUUUGGGCGAAAGACUAGAUAAUAUUCAAGAGCUGCAGAAUGCACGUUGGAUGGAUAACUUCAACUCGUCAGCGAAUUUUGAUCGUCAGGCACGCAGUUCGCAGCGCCAAAUUUCGUCACAAGACUCUCAACGUCAGCAGCAACAGUCAAUGAUGCCGUUACAAGCACCACCAUACAUGCCAUAUAUGUACUAUUAUCCCUAUGCGCCGCCCAUGGUACACCCGGUACCUGCGUCUCCAGUACAUGCUUCCGAUCAAGAAAAUAUGCCACAAUUCGUAAGCUCGUCGCAGGGCUACCCUAACACCUCUACACAACCCUUUCUUCCCCCUCUUCCGCCACAAAAUAGCCAACUGAUGCCUCCACCGCCGCUUUACCCGAAUUACUCGGGAUACAACUACUACAACGACAUGCAACGUAAUGUCGCUCAGCGAAGCCAACAACGAAGGGAGAAACGUAAGUCGCUGCUGGCGCAAAGGGGCCGCAGAUUGUCGAUGCUGUCCAUACAGGACAAUAGUCACAUCAUUUCUCCUCAUAAGGACGUCCCGGAACACGAUUUCUACAGACACAUUGCAAACACAUCAUUUGGUCAAGAUUUGCAAAUACGACAGCUUUUCAGCUGGUGUUUCAUUCGUUGCUUGCGAAAAUGGGAAACGAGAGAGCACUCAGGAAGUCUGCAAAAAUCAACUAUACAGGGCGAGUCAUAUGUGGAUCCAAAAAGAAUUGCCUUGGUCAUCAUAAAGGAGAUCGUGGAUGAUCUGCGAAAAGGAAAUUUGGACAUUAACUGGGACGUUGAAGAAUCAACAGAAAGCGCUGCAGAAGAGAAUUCGCGGUAUCAAGAAGAGGAUACGGAACUUCGAGCGCUUUUCGACGACGACGAAGAUGAUGAUGACGUCGGCAGCGGUCAAAGGGCUCGAAAGAAGACCAAACGAAAGACCCUGAAACAGCUUCUCAAGUUGCCAAACGAGAAAAAUAUACAAAAUGCUAAAAAUUUGGAGGUUCUACAAAAGCAGAUCGAUACACUAGACGACGAAAUCAAAAGAUGGAUUCAUGAACUGGACGAGCCGGAUAAAACCACAGAAUGUGAGCAUUUCAAAAGAAAUCUCGAGAAACUGCGAGAGGAGCUACAGCAACAACCGUUGAGUGAUGCCUCAUUGGACCCAACCCCAAAGUUGGAGCGCGAACUGCGCAUGCGAAUGGAGCGUCUGUAUUCAAUAUCUCAUGUUUUGCACUCAAAUUCGAAGCUUUUGUCGGAAACUUCGCAGCGAAAAUUGAGGGAUCUGACUCAGUACAUCAAUGAAAACGUCUUUGCCACUCCUGUGAUAGCACAGCAGCUAACCAAUGACACCAAGGACCUGCUUCUGGGCCUCAGCAGGCUACUAGCACCAUCAAAGACGUGA